AUGGCGGACACGGCGCGGCUCUGGCCGCCGCCCCUGGGACCCUACGCGGAGGAGCGAGAGCUCUUCGUGCUGCUGCAGAACAUGCUUGAAGAGCUAUUAAUUCAUCAGCCAGAUGAUCCCAUUGAGUUCAUGAUAAACCAUUUAAAGCAGAGCAACCAUGAUGCUCCAAGAAUUUGUGUACUUGGCCCACCUGCUUCUGGGAAAACUACAGUUGCAAUGUGGCUUUGUAAACACUUCGAUGCCAUUCGGAUCUCUCCGGAGACUUUGUUAUUCAAGGAAACAUUAGCACUGACAGAGGAGGCAAAGGCAUAUAAAGAAAGAAAACAGAAAAUUCCCAACGCGCUUUGGGCCAAUCUGAUCCAGGAACGUCUGUCAAACGUGGACUGCAUCAAACAAGGAUGGGUUUUGGAAGGCUUCCCUGAAAAUCAGGAGCAGGCAUGGAUGCUGCAAUCAUCUGGCAUCUUUCCUAGGCAUGUUGUUAUGCUUUAUGCUCCAGACACUGUGCUGAUUGAGAGGAACAGUGGGAAGAGGCUUGAUCCCCUCACACAAGAGGUUUACCACACAGCCUUCGAGUGGCCAAGUGAUCCCCUGGUGCAGCAGAGGUUGGUGGAACCAGAAGAUCUUUCUGAACAGGAGGUGGCAACGAAAAUGCUGGAAUAUCACAGGAACUUCCCUGACAUUUUCCAGAACUACCAGAAAGUUCUGAAAUCGAUCAAUGUAGACCAGCCUUCCAUAGAUGUCCUCUCACAGGUUCUUACCUUUGUCCAGACCCGACGCCAAUCAGCUGCUCCUUUUACACCACGGAUUCUCUUUUGUGGACCCCCAGGCAGUGGGAAGAGCCUGCAGGCAGCACUAAUAGCUCAGAAAUAUGGUGUUGUCAACAUUUGCUGUGGGCAACUGCUAAAGGAAACUGUUGCAGCUGAGACAAAACUUGGAGAACUCGUUAAGCCUUACAUUGAGAAGGGAUGCCCAG